GUUUUUCCGCGCGGGUCUUUCUUUGCACCUGCUUGAAACUGCGCACAAUUUGGGGAUGUUUACGAUGCGAGAUGUGCUGCUCGCGCGGGGAGGGCACGCGCCGCUUGCUGUGAGUGACGGAUAGAGGCGGUGGGGGCUGAGCCAACAGAUGACAGGUUGUAGAGAAGUGGACAGUUGGGGGUUGUAAAGACGAGGCGCCUGGAUGCUCCUGCGUGAACUUGUCCUGCGCGUCAUUGGAGCUCCGUCGCGCGCCGUGGACCGGUCCACUCUUCCUGACCGGACCGGACCCGACCACCGUGGUACCUUCCAUUGUUUCGGAGCAGGGAAACCGUCUGCAAUGUGUGUUUGUUUGACUGCACCGAGGGGGUGAUCUGCAGUCAGGUACGACGGUGUUUGAGUCAUGAGGGACCCUGAAAAAUCUGCACAUCUGGACUUUCUCUGAAGAGACAAAAGGAGACAGAGACCCAUCAAGACUUCCUGUACAUAACCAGGUGGAGCUGGCCAAUGCCGGGGCCGUCGUGGACGUCUGGCGGCGGCAGCAGCAGCAGUAGCGUGUAUGCGAGUGUCCCUGGUGCCUAGCCAAUAAUGCCGUCGUCCACAAGGAAGGCGGUGCCGAAGGACCCCGAGCUGGGUGACCUCUUCUUCAAAGAUGACCCAGAGGACGUGUUCUGCGACCUGCACGAGAUCGGACAUGGCAGCUUUGGGGCCGUCUACUUUGCACGAAACUCGUACUCCAACGAGGUGGUGGCCAUCAAGAAGAUGUCCUACAACGGCAAGCAGACGACGGAGAAGUGGCAGGACAUCAUCAAGGAGGUCAAGUUUUUGGGGCAGCUGCGACACCCCAACACCAUCGAGUACAAAGGCUGCUACCUGAAGGACAACACCGCCUGGCUGGUGAUGGAGUACUGCCUGGGCUCUGCAUCUGAUCUACUAGAAGUUCACAAGAAACCACUCCAAGAAAUGGAAAUUGCUGCCAUUACCCACGGUGCCUUGUUAGGACUGGCCUACUUACAUUCCCAUAACAUGAUUCACAGAGAUGUGAAAGCUGGCAACAUCCUGCUGACUGAGCUGGGCCUGGUCAAGCUGGCUGACUUUGGCUCCGCCUCCAUUGCCUCACCUGCCAACUCCUUUGUCGGAACGCCGUACUGGAUGGCCCCUGAAGUGAUUUUAGCCAUGGACGAGGGUCAGUACGAGGGGAAAGUGGACAUCUGGUCGCUGGGGAUCACCUGUAUUGAACUGGCGGAGCGUAAGCCGCCGCUGUUCAACAUGAAUGCAAUGAGUGCCUUAUACCACAUCGCACAGAACGACUCCCCCACGCUGCAGUCCAACGAGUGGUCCGACAUCUUCCGGAGCUUCGUUGACUAUUGCCUACUAAAAAUUCCUCAGGACAGACCCUCGUCAGGGGAGCUGCUGCGACAUGACUUUGUGCGUCGGGAUCGCUCGCCGCGCAUCCUCCUGGACCUCAUCCAGAGGACCAAGGAUGCGGUGCGCGAACUGGACAACCUGCAGUACCGCAAGAUGAAGAAGAUUCUGUACCAGGAGAAGCACAACGGGCUGAUGGGAGAAAGCCAGGAGGAGGAAGAGGACAGUGAGGCGGCUAGCUGUAAGAUGAACAGCCUGGGCAGCAACCACUCCAUCCCCAGCACGUCGGUCAGCACCGGCAGCCAGAGCAGCAGCGUCAACAGCAUGCAGGAGGUGCUGGAGGACAACUGCUCCGACAUGGCCAUGAUGCACCCGCAGGACUACAGUGGCAACCUGGACGCGUCCUCGCACGCCAAGAAGGACCAUCAGUACAACUGGGAUGACGGGAUCCACAGAGACCAGCGGCCCGAGCCCAGGUCGGCCUCCUCCGAACGCAGCAGCCAGGCCCAAAACUACAAAAACCAGGGCCGUUUCGCCACCAUAAAGUCAGCCUCUCUGGUCACCAAACAAAUCCACGAGCAUGAGCAGGAAAGCGAGCUGCGGGAGCAGAUGUCGGGCUACAAGCGCAUGCGGCGGCAGCACCAGAAGCAGCUCAUCGCCCUGGAGAACAAGCUGAAGGCUGAGAUGGACGAGCACCGGCUGAAGCUGCAAAAGGAGGUGGAGACGCAGGCCAACAACGCCUACAUCGAGCUGGAGAAGCUGGCCAAACGCCACGCGGCGCUGACUGACAAAGAGAUGAAGACGGCGCUCACGGAUGAGAAGAAGUUCCAGCAGCAGAUCGUGGCGCAGCAGAAGAAGGAGCUGACCACCUUCCUGGACAACCAGAAGAAGCAAUACAAACUCUGCAAGGAGAAGAUUAAGGAGGAGAUGAACGAGGACCACAGCACGCCCAAGAAGGAGAAGCAGGAGCGCCUGUCCAAGCACAAGGAGAACAUGCAGCACUCCCAGGCCGAGGAGGAGGCCCACCUGCUGAGCCAGCAGAGGGUUUUCUACGACCGCAACUGCCGCGCCUUCAAGCGCAAAGUCAUGAUCAGGAGGCACGACGUGGAGCAGGAGCAGAUCCGAGAGGAACUGAACAAGAAGAAGACCCAGAAAGAGAUGGAGCACGCCAUGCUGAUCCGCCACGACGAGUCCACGCAGGAGCUGGAGCAGCGGCAGCUGAAGAACCUGCAGAAGCUGCGCAUGGACCUCAUCCGCCUGCAGCACCAGACGGAGCUGGAGAACCAGAUCGAGUACAACAACCGGCGAGAGCGCGAGCUCCACCGCAAACACGUGCUGGAGCUGCGGCAGCAGCCCAAGAACCUGAAGGUGUUGGAGCUGCAGAUAAAGAAGCAGUUCCAGGACACGUGUAAGGUGCAGACCAAACAGUACAAGGCUCUGCGCCACCACCAGAUGGAAGUCACCCCCAAGGCGGAGCACAAGACGGUGCUGAAGGCCCUGAAGGACGAGCAGACGCGCAAGCUGGCCAUCCUGGCCGAGCAGUACGAGCAGAGCAUCAACGAGAUGAUGGCCUCGCAGGCUCUGCGUCUGGACGAAGCCCAGGAAGCCGAGUGUCAGGCCCUGCGGCUGCAGCUGCAGCAGGAGAUGGAGCUGCUCAACGCCUACCAGAGCAAGAUCAAGAUGCAGACCGAGGCGCAGCACGAGCGCGAGCAGCAGAAGCUGGAGCAGAAGGUGUCGCUGCGCCGCGCUCACCUGGAACAAAAGAUCGAAGAGGAGCUGGGUUCCCUUCAGAAGGAGCGGACCGACCGCAUCAAACACCUGCUGGAGCGCCAGGAGCGCGAGAUCGACAGCUUCGACAUGGAGAGCAUGCGGCUGGGCUUCAGCAACCUGGGCAUCCUGGACUUUCCCAAGGACGAGUACAGAUGAGGAGGCGCGCGCCUCCUGACGGAACCCACCCCUUUCCUCCCAGGACCCGACCUGACGGCGCAGAUGUUUAGUGCUGCUGAAACCCCCCGCCCCUCACACACUGAAGGUCCGACUCCAGCCGGACCUGACGGCGCCUCCCGUUCUCUCUUCCAGCCUCGUCGCGAUGUGACGAAAAAUGCCGAAUAACUUCAUGUUUGUUGUCAUGAUUUUUAAAGACGAUUUACAUAGUCAGUGUUUGAUUCGUGUGCGACGUGUUCGACCCAAGUGGGGGGGGGCUGGGGGGUCAAAAUAAGUUGAGAAAAAUCGGAAAGAGAUGAAGUCAAAUCGAUUGUUCUGCUAAACGUUUCGGUUUUUAUUCUUGAGGGUUUUUUUUAGGGUGAAUUUGAUACUUUUGAGACAAAAAUAUCAGGUGUACAUACAGGUACGAGGAUUGCUGAGUCAUGGUACUUGUCCUGAUUUCUCUGCACUGACCUCCAAUGUGAAAAUCCAACCCAGCGAGCACAAAGGGCUUCAUGUGGGGGGGGGGGGGCUGGAGGGCUUGUAUUUUCUGUAUAGAUGGAUUUAUGGAGAGCUUUUACUUAUUUUCAUAUCUUAACUGUCACUCAAAUCAAAAAAACAAUUUUUAAUGACGCUUUUUCGCCCCCCUUUUCCUCCUCGGAUAGAAAAUUUGACGUGGAGUCAUUUAUUCAUGAAAAAUUUCUUUGUUUUUUUUGCUUUUCACAGCUCUCGGGCUGUGGAUCUUUUUCUAAACUAGAGCAGUAUGAUGCUUUAUUAAUGCAUGCACUUUAUUUUUUUUUUUUUGUUUCCAGGUUCCAAGAAAGCAUGAAUCUGUCAGAACUUUUAAUUAUAUUUGUAAAUAAAGUGCUCAUCACACAGAA